GGUCCGCCAGCUCGCGCUUCCCGGCUCGCCGCCCACAGCUCGCCAGGCCUCGUCGGCCUCGGUGCGCUGCGGAAAGCCGUCCGUGCCCGCUGCUGAGGCCCUGGCCGCGGCCGGACCAAGGUUCCGGGCGGACCCCGCCGACUCAGCUCCCUGCCUUUCCCUGAGGAUGGACCCUGGAGACCCCGCCGGAGACCCCGCCGGAGAGCCUGCUGCCGGUGACACUGCUGGUGACCCAGCCGGUGGCGAGUGUGUCCCCAUGGGCCGGGACCCGCUCCUGUUCCUGCAGACCCUGCAGACGCUGUGGUCCACUCGGGAGCUGGGACAGCUCCGGGAGGAAGCCCAGAGGGGGUUCGCCGCCCUGGAGGACCCGCUCGCCGCCCUCCUGGACAUGCUGGACGGCAGCCAGGGCUGGCGGGGGAAGGGCCCCUCCCUGGAGGCCUGGGUCGCCCGCGAGCUGAAGCGCUGCUUGCAGGCACAGCCGUGCCCGGGGCCGGCCCGGGGCAGCCCAGGGCUGAAGCAGCUGCAGGCCCGUGCAGUCAAGCUCCUCGCCGAGAGCCCCCCCGGCCUCGUGGAGCCGCUGGUCAGCAUCUUCCAGCUGCAGGACACAGACCGGAGCCCCCUGCUGGCUCACGUCCACCGGCUGCACCAGGAGGGCAAGUUCAAAGAAGCCAUCGUGCUGGGGACAAAGCUGCGGCUGCAGGCAGAUCUUGAUGUUGAGAAGAUGUGCAUUCCCCUGCUCCUCCAGGACAAGGCAGACCUUGUGGAGCGCUACGUGGAUGGCUUUCCCGACCUCCAGCGGAGGCUGCUGGCCCUCAUGGACUCCUGGUGCCAGCCCGGCUUUGACAUCAGAGUCGUCGCCAGAAGGUACCCGCAGACGACCUCGAGGCUGGAGAGGCUGAGCCCCAGAGCGCUGGCUCGGCAGGUCCUGCGGCUGCUGGAGCGGCACGGCCUGGACCCUGCCUUGUGUCCCAACGUCGUCACCCAGCAGCGCCUGGCCGCCCUGCGGUAUCUGUGCUACAAGCGGCUGGUAGAGAGAAGCGUACCUCGGGAGAGCUGGGCCGAGCAUGUGCAGGGCCUGGUGGGGCAGGACCAGGGGCUACAGGAGCAGCUGCUGCAGCUGCUGGCGUCUCACGACGACGCGGCCCUGGUCGCCCAGUGUGCCCUGGACCUCCUGCUGCCCGAGGAGCGACUCCCGGCCUCGGUGGCCGCAGAGCUCCGCCAACUCAGGAUCCAGGAGAGGACGGCUGAGGCCCCUCUGGAGAACGGGAAGGACGAUUACUACCAGCUGCCCAUCUCCAGGGAGCACCUCCACUUCCUGGCCUCGUGGGAGGACCUGGCCAGGCACCAGGAGGAGCUCCUGCAGCCCGGCCGGGUGGUCGGUGUGGACCUGGAGUGGAGGCCCUCGUUCGGCGCCGGGGGCCGGCCCCGGGCGUCGCUCAUGCAGGUGGCCGUGGAGGGCCGCGUGUUCCUACUGGACCUGCCCCGGCUCUCAAGUCCGGCAGGAGGGCAGGCACCCCAGGCCUUCUCCCGGCUGGUGUCCCGGCUGCUCGCGGACCCCUCCAUCACCAAGCUGGGUUAUGGGAUAGCGGGGGACCUGCGGAGCUUGGGUGCCUCCUGCCCGGCCCUGGCCCAGGCCGAGAAGCAGCUGCAGGGCAGCGUGGACCUGCUGCAGGUGCACAGGCAGGUCACCAGGGACCCAGGAAGGGCGUGUCACCACACGUCCCCACGCUUCCCCAGAACGAGCCCGGCUCUGCCUACCAACCCCCACCCCAGGAGCUCUCAGCACACACCCUUGGGGCUUAAGGCAUUGGCCUCAGAGCUGACCAGUGGGCAGAUGCGGGCGGCACACAGGCCAGCCCCAGGCGUGGACGGGGCCGCAGGGCCGCGGGGCCUCAGCCUCCUGGUGCGGCAGGUGCUGGGCAAGCCCCUGGACAAGAUGCAGCAGCUUUCCAACUGGGACCGGCGGCCGCUGGGCGAGGGGCAGCUGGUCUACGCAGCCGCUGACGCCUACUGCCUGCUGGAGGUGUACUGGGCUCUGUGCAGAGAGCCUGCCCGCUUCCACCUGUCGGGGGACCUGGCCAGGAGCCUGAGGCUGGGACGCGGUGAGAGAGCGGGGGCUGGGGAGCUGCCGCCCCUGCAGAAGGCCUCGGCCUCGCCCCAGCAGGUGCCCGCGGGUGAGGACGCGGCCCCCGAGGUCCCGGCCAGGGCCUUCCGCGUGGUGUGUGACAGCAUGCUGCAGGGGCUGGCGUGGAGACUCCGCUGUCUGGGCAUCGACGUGCUGGUGCUGGCCACCGGCGAGGACCACCGCAGGGCCGCCGAGGUUGCCAGGCGGGAGGGAAGGAUCAUCCUGACCUCAGGGCUGCCGUACCACAAGCUCCGGGCCCAGGUUGGGGCUGGGCGCUGCCUCUCGGUGGACUGCUCCCUCAAGGCCCGGCAGCAAGCCACGGCCGUGAUCAGGCAUUUCAACGUGCGUGUCACCCACUCGGACAUCUUCAGCCGCUGCCAGGCUUGCAACUGUCACCAGUACCUGAAGGUCUCCAAGGAUGUAAUGAAGCAGCUUGUGUGGCUCAGCGGCCACCCAGAAGGCCCUAGCGGCACAGGUGACGAGGCCGCCCAAAUCGAGGAUGAAGGGGAGACAGGGUUAAGAGGAAGCAGCCGGGGGUGCCGGCCCCGCUCCCCAGCCCAGCUGCAUCCUGGAGACUCUUCUGUGACCCGAGGCCCUGGUGUCGCAGCCGGCCCUGGACAGACAGAGGCCGGAGCCAGGGAGAGGCCAGGACCACGGGCUCAGGGAGACGAGGCCCGUGUCCUUCCAGGCCCGCCAGGCAGGUCUGGCCCCAGCUCCACUCUGCCCUUCCCCCCUGCGCAGCCCUCUAGGGAGAGGAGAGGACAGCUGACCGGGACCUGGUCCUCACGCCACGCCCGCCCCAUCCAGCUGGGCUUCCCGCCUCCCCACCCCUCUGCUGCCCAGACUGGCUGCGUCUGUCCGGGGACCCUCCGGGCUCACUCGCUCACUGCCAGCCCAUCCUAGGCCCCAGCCCCCACCCUGGUCCUGGCCCAUCGGGAAGUGCCUUCCUUGCCCCGUGACCGCUUCAGGCCCCUUUCUGGGCUAGGGGUCAGACGCCAGGCCGACAGGGUGGGCUGUGGCCCCGGUGCCAGGCCUGCCGCUGCAGCGAUUGUCUGCUGCAGUUCCUGCCCCGGGCGUCCUUCCUCCGCUCAGGCCGCCGCUGGCCCGGGGCUGAGUGUUUGUUAUUUGAUCUCUAUCCUCUCGGCCCUUCUACCAGGUGUCUGGGCUGCUGGGAAGAAACACUCUCCUCUUUCCCACGCUCCCCGACACAUUUUAAUGAAUUAGCUGGAAGCCCCGCCCCCACUGCCCGCCUGCCCGCUCACCCUCCCACCCCUGCCGAGUGCUUUAAGGUGGCCACAGGCUUCGGCCCAGCUCUGGCCAUCACCCCUUCCACACUGUCCUCUCCCGGCCGCCCCUCCCAGACCUUCCCAGCCUGGGUCCCUGGGUGUGUCCCACCGCCCACUGCUCUGAGCCUCUAAAGGAAAGGGGUCCCCAGAGGGAGGAGGGAGCCCUCUCCAGCCCUGGACUCCAUCCCACCAUGGCCUUCCAGGGUGGCACCCCUGGGCCAGCUCCCAGGAGGACAGGGGUCCAGCCUUGUAGUCAGGGUUGGGUCUGUCCCCCCAGAUCCAGGUUAAGGGCUUCUCCUUCAGAGCCAGUGAAGCCCUUGCCUGUUUGUGGAAGUGACCACAUCACCAAGGAAUGCCGCACACAUGGGAGGGGGCUUCUCUGAGCCCCUGGACUGGGUCUGGCAGGGAUGAGCCUCCUCCCCCCCCCUCCCCCCGCAAGGCAUUUGGAACAAACGCCCUCCUUUUGGACAUGUCCUUCAGCAAACAUGAGCAAGUGCUUCCUGGAGCUCGUGCCCCGCAUGUCCCUCUCCCUGUCCUGUCCUUGAACAGGGCAGCUCCUGGCACAUGGGGGGUGGACCAGAGCGACCCCGAGCAAAAUCACCCUCAGCCACGGUGCAGCAGGAGCCACGGGCCUUCCAUCGGCUCCCCACGGACAGAGUGGCCGUCACCCCAGCCCCACAAAUGCGCAGCGGCUUGAGGGGGAGGCUCAGGUGGUAGCCGGGGCUAUACCUGUCUGACCCAUGCUCCGGAGCAAGGGUAGGGCGGGCAGCGACCUCAGGCUACGCUCCUAUGGCCACUCCAGCCACACCGUCCCUGCCAGGGGCACCGAGCCGACGAUUUCAUGGCUCGAGGUGGCGGCCUCGCGUUCCCACACUGAGCUCACAGGGGCCCUUUGUCUGACGCCCGCCAGGGGUGUCAAUGGGACUUUUCUCCCAGGCUCUGCUCCCAGACCCAGCGGGGUCUCCAGAUGCUCUUCUCCAGGCCAGGGGGCCUCAGCCCACCUGGGCUGGGGCUUCUCUGUGAACCUAACACCUUCUGGGGAUGGCCCUGGGCACAGCCAGGCCCUGGCAGAUACACAAAAACCACAGAUGUGACCGGAAGGAGGUCCUGCCCCAGACAUGUCCUCAGAGCUCCCUCCCCUCCAUGCUGUUCCAGGGAGCGGCAGGCGGGGGCAGGUUGCCCAGCAGGUCAUGGCCUUGCACAGGGUCACACCUCCCCACUCCAAGGGUCCCUGCCCGGAGGUGAGCGUGGGCCUGGGUGCACAGAGCCCAGGACAGCCUCGGCUGGGCCUCCCUCUGAGCCAUGCCUUGACUCUGGUGCUGGGGAGGUGGUCCGGGACCCCACCCGCAAGGUGGUCAGUUCAGCAGCCACUAAUCCAGGCCCCCUUACCGCGCCCAGGGACACGCCCCCACAGGAUGAGCGGGGCAAAGGAGGGGCUCCCAACGGCAGCAGCACCCCAGUCACACCCACAGGCCAGGCCAAGCACAGCCCCGGGCUUCCCCACCUGCGUAGUGGAGAGCUCCUGGGGGCGGGGGGGCAGGUCUGAGCAGGGCAGCUGGAGCACCAGCCUCAGGAAGACCUGAGCAAGGGGCCCGGGCGGCCCUCCCUGGCCGCUGGAAGGACCCCAGGGGAGUCAGCCAGGGGCAGGCCUGAGGUCUUGCCCCGCGUUUCCUUCGGUUUGGCUGCAACUCCUCCCAGGUCAUGGAGCAAGGUGAGGGCUCACCCAUGUGAGUCUCGAGGCGUGGGGGGCACGGGGCAGACACCCACCGAGCUCGUCCCCAAACAAGGCCUAACAGGGUGGUCUCCGCAGCUGAGGCCCUGAGCUGCCUCCCCGGGAAUUGCCAGCAGCCUCGGAAAGAAUUCCGGUGCCUGCCCCAGGCCUACCGCUCCGAGAGUCAUUCCUCCUUAAUUGCCAACGACCACAGCAGAGCUACAGACUGUUAAAUCCUAACGAGGAAAUGUGGCCGCAGUGUUAGAGUGUCAAUAAAAGAUGGGUUUACUGUU